GUUUUGCUUUCUCUACCUUUCCUCUUCCUAAUUCUUUUGAGAGUUCAUUCUUUAAUCCUAUGCGCUAUGAAGAGAAGACAUAGCCCUAAAGUUUCGAUUCGUAUCCACAGUCUCGGCACACCGUUGAUUUCUCGGUCUUCUGGUUUUCCCGUAGAGUCACUCCACGUCGAUUCAGAUCGUCUGUACACGAUUGGUCGAAGUAUUGAUAAUGGGUCGUGCGAUUUCGUCCUUGAUCAUGUCGGUAUCAGUAGAAACCACUCUCAGAUUCUAUUCGAUAGUCAAAGUCACAGACUUUACAUUUUUGAUGGUGUGAUUUUGUUGCCUUCUGGUGGGUUUACUCAAUUUUUAGAUGAGUUCAGGAAGAGUGAUGUGGAGAAGGGAAGUUUGAGAUUUAGGGUUUCUCUGAAUGGUGUGUAUGUUAAUCGUGUUAGGGUUAGGAGAGGUAGGAUUCAAGAGGUUUUGGUUGGUGAUGAGGUGUUGUUUGUUUGUGGGAAGGAAGGGUUGUGUUAUAGGCAUGGUAGAGUUGGGUUUGUGGUUCAGGAGAUUGAUUUUGAAGGGAGAGAUAGUUCUGUUUCUUCAGGAUGUUCUAUAGGAACUUUUUCUAGUGGGAAGAGAAGCAAAAGGGUUUAUGGUCCGAUGGAAAAUGAAGUCAGUUCUCUGGUUUCUGGGUUUUAUCGUUGUGAAGCUGGUGGUGUUGUUGAGAGGUUGAACUCUCUUGUAAGCUAUUGUAGACAUGUAUUGAAUAGUGAUGAUCCUCUAUCUUGCCUUAGGCAAUCGGAUUCUGGAAAACAAUGCGUAUCUUGUUGUACAAUGUUAAGGUCAAAAGUAGGUAUAGUGACAGAUGAUAGAGAAGUCAAGAAUGAUGAGAACAAUCGUGAGAUGGGUCAUGAUAUGUCUGUUUUGGAGGUGAGGGAUGAGCAGCCAAGCCCACAGUUACAUAUAGGUAAAAGUCUAGUCGUCUUGAACUUGGUUAGCCAGGUAGAAAGUGAUGCUGCUGCUUGUAAUUCUGUUAGCGAGAAGACUAAGAAAGUGCUUCCUUUUGGUGAGGAGAAAGAAAACACUCCCGAUCUUAAUUACAUCAAUAACGAAGAAAGCUAUCAAUGUUCUCUACAGUCACCUGGGAAGAACUUUUAUUUAAAUCGUCUUCAGUAUAUUGAAGAAGGCCCAACUGGUAGUCAACGGGUGGUUUCCUUGCCAGAACUUCUUUACCCUGUGGAAAGCAUCUCACAAAUCUUCCUUGCAACAUUUACAAGUGAUAUCUUAUGGUUUCUUACUGGUUGUGAGAUACCUAGUCAUUUGCCUGUGACUGUUGCAUGUCACCAUGCUGAGAGAUGCUGGAGCUCAAGCCCUGAUGCAAGAACUGCUGCUCCUUUGCCAAAUUAUCCAAAUGUAUCUGUGGUGUUUCCACCAUUUCCUGAGGAAAUUGCAUUUGGGAAAGACCGAAAGAACCGCGGUAUUGCUUGUCAUCACCCCAAGCUGUUUAUUUUGCAAAGAGAAGAUAAUAUUCGUGUAAUUAUUACGUCUGCAAACUUGGUAGCAAGACAGUGGGAUGACGUGACCAACACAGUUUGGUGGCAAGAUUUUCCACGAAGAGAAAACCCUGAUUUCUUAUCCCUUUUCAGCCAUUUCAAAAAGGAAACCAAUCGUGGUUUAAGUUCAGAUUUUAGUGCCCAGCUUGCUGGAUUUGCUGCGACACUUUUGGCUGAUGUUCCAAGUCAAGCCCAUUGGAUUCUGGAGUUCACAAAAUACAACUUUGAACACUCAGCAGGUCAUCUUAUCGCUUCAGUGCCUGGAAUUCAUUCUUAUAAGCCGUCUUAUCUUACAGAAUCUGCUCGCUCAAGCACCUCUUCCGAUGAAAAUUUUCUGGGAUCUGUUGAAGCGUCUGUCGUUGGCCUCAGUUACCUUUUCCGUUCUACAAGUGAUUCUACAGGAGCACAACUGAAACGACUGGCUUCAUAUAUUAGCAGAACCCGUGAAAAUUCUCUCGGGAUGUUGGAACUUGUUAUGAGAAGAAAUACUAAUGUGCCUGCUGACGUUAAUGCUGUGAGCGUCCAUGUUGCUAACCCUAAUAAUGAUUCGAGAGACGAGUUUGUCCAGCUAGGCUUUUUGCCGCGGAAUAUUGCAAAAUGGGUUUCUCCGUUGUGGGAUAUUGGGUUCUUUAAAUUUGUGGGCUAUGUCUAUCGGGAUGAAGUCCUGGCAGCUGCUUCUAGUAGGAGCAACCAGAAGGUGCAACUGAUGCUGCAUGUAUUACAGGGAGUGUCCAUUUCAGAUAUGUCAAAGUUGAUUCAACCGCAUCAUGUUGUUGCCUUGUGUUCGUUGAUUGCUUCACUUCAGAGAUGUUCUGGCAUUUGGAGGCUACAAGAGGUGUUAGGCUGUUACAAGUGGCCCGAAUCUCAGGAAUCUGAUUUCGUCUACAGUGCAUCCUCGGUUGGAGGCUCAGUAACUACAGGAUUUCAAGCUGAUUUUGCAUCAGCUGCAGGUAAAAAAGUGUUACAGCAUUUUGACUCCCAGGAGUCUGAUCCUGAGUGGGGAUGCUGGAGUGCUAGAGAAGAACGGGAAGCUCCUUCCAUUAAAAUAAUCUUCCCUACCAUUGAAAGGGUGAAGAGUGGCCAGCAUGGUGUCUUGUCGUCAAGACGUCUGCUUUGCUUCUCUGAGAAAACCUGGCAAAAGCUGAGAUAUAACAACGUGCUACACGAUGCAGUUCCUAAUCCUCAGGACAGAGUUGGGCACCCGAUGCAUAUCAAGGUGGCGAGAAGACGCUUCACAUCCACUAGAGGUUUACGGUCAUCUUCAUUUGGUUGGGUUUACUGCGGCUCACAUAAUUUCAGUGCAGCUGCCUGGGGACAGACCAUUUCCAGAUCCUCCAGGAACAACCAGGACCAGUCUCACAAUGCCAUGAGAUUAGUCAGUAAGCUUCGUGUAUGCAACUACGAGCUCGGGAUUGUAUUUGUUUUCCCUCCACCGCAUGAAGAAACGGACUCAUGUGAUGGGUCUAAGAUUGAUGAUAUUGUGUUGCCGUUUGUUGUACCGGCACCAAAGUAUGGAUGGAGUGAUAGACCGGCUACAGGUUUGGCUAUGAGAGAAGCUUUGGCUGAGUUCAGGGAAGGCUCCAGAAGUUUCUUUGCAGAAACUGAAGUUGAGGAAGAAGUGGAAGACAAAGAGGAGGAAGAAGAAGAUGAAACUGAAGCUGCAGGAACAGGAGAGUUUGUUGCAGAAGAGGAGAAGCAAGAGGAGAAGGCUUACGCUGAGGCGUUGUGGAGCCAGGUUGAGUCCUCCCUCAGCCCCUGAAAACUAGUUACAUAUGAAACGUGUAAAAUCAUUUGUUGGAACCGUCGUGUACUUUUGAUCCGCGCUUUUAUUCUCUUUAUAAAAUUAAGAUACUAAAAGAGAUAUUUGUUAGUUGUAAGAAUGUGUUUUAAACUUUUGUAACCUUUUACAUUUAUAAUUGUAAUUACAUUAUAAGUGUAGAUAGUACAUUCUCUUCUGAUAAAUUAUCUACAACGUUUGCC